AAAUGCCUGUUUUAUCUCGCCCAAAAAGCAUUAAUGUUGUGUCAGCAAUGCUAUCAAGGAUCAUCUGUGUCGAAUGGACAAUAGUAAAAGGACAUCUUCCUCCAGAGCCUGCACCCUCACGUUCAAAUAAUAGUUGCGUGUAUUUGCUCCAGCUAAUUUCUGUCCGGGCUUGCUUUUUCUUGUCCACUUUCCCAACAUUCUAAUCAAAAAACACACCCUAUAAUUAAUAGUUAGCCAGCACCAUGCAAGUUCAAGACAAAGUAGCCAUCAUCACCGGCGCGUCGCAAGGAAUCGGUAGGCGGAUAGCUGAGGUUCUCGUUAACAAGGGCGCCUGCGUCGUUAUCGCUGACAUUCUCCCCCUCGGCACGCAGACUGCCCAAGAGAUCAACGACAGCAAGCAAGCUUCGGCGGACUCCCCCGUUGCCAUCUUUCAGCACUGCGACGUGAGCAAAGCCGAGGACCUCCAGAAGCUCUUUGACGUUACCCUUGAAACAUUUGGCCAUGUUGACAUCCUGGUGAACAACGCAGGCUUUGGAGGCUCUGGGCUGUGGGUGGAUAAAGACAGCGAGAUUCUCGCACGUACUAUCAAUGUCAACCUCAAGGCGCCCAUUGACGGUACCCGUCUGGCCAUUCGCCAAUUCGUGCGCGCCAACCAGACCGGCUGCGUGGUCAACGUUGCCUCGAUGGCUGCUUAUGUGCCAAUUGAGUUCUCACCAGUAUACGCGUCCACCAAGGCUGGGCUUGUAUCUUUUACUGGUGCUUGCGCCACCCUGGCUCUCAGAACUCCAGCCAUCAGGGUUAAUGCUGUGGCUCCGUCGUUUGUCGACACAGCCAUCACUCGCAGCACGCCCGCUAAGGUCAACGCAAUGCUUAGGACCUGUGGUAUAAUCACUGUUAAUGAUGUUGCGACACAAGUUCUUAGGUGCAUUGAGGACGAGGGGCUGGCUGGCGACACUAUCCAAGUCCUGGUUGAGGGCAGCGUUGUUCACGAUGGACCCAAGUCCCCCAACUUUGGUCUUGUCGCCAACCUCGAUAUCGAGGUAUAGACCCGAAUAUAAAUGUUAGUAUCAAUUUUUCUACGUUUAAAUAGACUCAUACAUGCAUUUGAUUUAAUGGGGGAAGACCCUGGGACCAACAUGUAUGUUGGCUAGUUGUUUUAAUUAUUUAAUAUUUGGGCAUUAAUGUUUUUUGGUCGAUUCAGCCUCUGCCAUUGUCUUUAUUUUUGUCGUCGUUGUGGAUACAAGGAUAGCACCGCCCUGUAUUUACUGCUGCCCGAAUACGAGUAAAGUGCGUUAUUUUCAUUGACAUGUGCUUCCGUUUUUAUUGCUAUAGUUUGUCGUUGGAAAAUUAUCUGCGAG